AUGGAGGCAACUGAUACAGUGUCACUUUUGCUAAUUGAAAUGGAAAUCCAAUUUGAGACAAAUGGCAAAGUGAGUUCAUUUUUACGCUCCGCAAUAGUGACAAAGGCUCCACAAGCAAGACAGAAAGGUAGAGAAAGAAGUGAUAAACGAAAACGUGCAUUUGAGGUAAAAAGUAAUUUAUUUCGGUGUUUCAAAGAAUUAAGCCCAUUUGGCAAUAAAACUAGUUUGUUACCUGAAAAUCAAACCCAACCAGAAAAAGAUCGGGACAGGAAUUUAAGAUUACACUUAGUUGAUCGAAACUACGAUCUUACAAAUAAAGUGAUCAUUCAUGCAAAGUUAGAAUAUUGCAGAUGUAAAAUAGAAAAUUCACUUAUCCAAGUCCAUAAUGACAUACGGGAUAAUGGUGAUUAUGAUCGAAUAACUGAUGUAAUGACAGUUUCUACUCCUAAAACACUAACAAACAUACACAAGUCGCUGAAACUAUUCUUGGACGAUUUUGUGACGAAGGGCUCAAUUAUUCUGGGUAAAGAGCAAAAACACAGGCCUUUUGUUUUAAUUGACAUGAAAAAACCUCAUUUUACAUUUUUUAAGUGUCAUAAUGUGACAAGAAAGAGGACAAGAAAUAAUGAAAAGGGAUGGAAAGGAAUAUUUAGCUACCUUGGCAAAGAAGCUCAGGGCGUCGACGAACCAGGCGAAGUUGGCAAGGAGUUCGAAGAUCUGGACCAAAAUGAGUUCACGCAAAAUGACCAGUUUAUGAAAGAACCGAUUUCAAUGAGACAAUAUCAUUCUUAG